AGCUCCCAUCGCCAUUGGACACUCAUCAUCUUCUCAAAGGAUAUUAUCAUCUCCUCCAACUCACUCCUUUGCCUUGCACACAGAGACAGACAGACAGACGGAAGAGGAACCAACCGCAAGGAAGAAACAAAGCUCCAAUGGCGGCAACAGUAGCUACCAUGGCCACUCUCAAUGUCAAGUGCCUCAAGGGCCCCAACCCCGUGAAGGUUCCCGGGAAGCCCGCCUCCCUCCUCUCCAUCCCUAACCUCCCGAAGGGUCUCGUGGCCCUCUCCGAGGCCAGGACCCCGGCGGAGCUCUGCCUCUCCGCUUCGGCCAUUGCGGGAGCAGUCUUCUCAACCCUCGCCGUGUCAGAGCCUGCGCUCGCCGCCCAGCAGAUUGCAGAGCUCGCCGAGGGAGGAGACAACCGGGGUCUCGCCCUCUUGCUGCCGAUCAUCCCAGCGAUCGCGUGGGUCCUCUUCAACAUCCUCCAGCCGGCCCUGAACCAGCUCAACCGGAUGCGGAGCUCCAAGGGCCUGAUCGUGGGGCUUGGGCUCGGGGCCGUAGGGGCAUCAGGGUUCAUGUUCAGCCCGAGUGCCGAGGCAGUCACGGGGCCCAUCUCGAUGAUCGCCGACGCCUCAGCCGGCGGGGACAACCGGGGACAGCUCCUGCUCUUUGUGGUGGCUCCGGCGAUCCUCUGGGUCCUCUACAACAUCUUGCAGCCCGCUCUGAACCAACUCAACAGGAUGAGGUCUCAGUGAUGAAGAAAGAGGGACGGCAGAGAAGGGACGACCGAUUGGUUUUGUAUUGAAAGUGCGAUGGCACAGAGACAACCUUGUAACUAUGCACUUUCUGUCAAUGAACUUUGUUAUUCUCCACCCUUUUUUGCUCUUUAUUACAGUGCAUUUUGUGCUUAACAUUAGGGUGUACAACUGUAUAAUAACCAAGAUAGGUAAUCAUUUAUGUAUAUUCUUGUUUCUCC